AUCAUAGACGGCGCUUUAUAUUGAACCGAAACUAAAACAAGGAAAAUGCCAGGAAAUACUGCGCAAGCAGCUGUAUUGUUAUCCGUGUUUUUAAUGUCAAUUGUGCACUGUGGUCAUUCUGAAGAAGGCGUCUGCACAAAAUCUGACGAUGGUGUUAAAUGUUCCGAAGAUAACAGCGUGAGAUUAACGCGAUUGAAUGGUGAACUGGUUGGAAAUGUACAGACAAUUAUGGAUGGUGACCGAAAACUUGAAAUGAAAACUCUGAACAUGAAGCCAUUGGUCUUUGAAAUUGAGAAUUUCCUAACUGAGGAGGAAUGCGACUACAUAAAAGCAGCUGCCGUGAAAACUGGUCUAGAGUCCAGUCAAACAAUGGCACAUUCCAUGUCCAAAAACCAAAAUGUUGACUUGAUGGACUUAAACCAUGAUGGGGAACUGGAUAUUAAGGAGAUGAAGAUUACCAUAGAGAAUGGAUAUGAUAUCUUCCUUGAAAAAGAGGACAUAUUGGAUAUGUAUAGCACGCUUGAGCUCGACACAAAUGGCGACACGCACAUCAGCCGAGAAGAGCUGAGUAAAAUCAAGCCCAAGGAUUUGUUUACUUACCUUCAUAAGGUGGUAGCAGAUCACCCAGAGAAGCACUCCCGCUACAGUAGCCAGGCAUGGCUGGACUGGGACAAAGUGGAGGAUGAGGUGUAUGAGAGGAUACAGGAGAGGACAGCAAAGGUUACACAGAUGCCCAUAGAGUUGAUACGUCUCAGUGAUGUACAGGUUGUAAGAUACGGCAUUGACGGCCACUACAACGCCCACACAGACUCUUCUCCACUCGACGAACAUGUGCCGUGCUGUAUGGAGGGGAACAGGAGAAAGUGCAGAAUCUGCAGGUACAUGACCAUCCUGUUCUACCUGAACGAUGUUACAGAGGGUGGGGAAACUGCCUUCCCCUAUGCAAACAUGGAGGAUAUCAAUGAAACUGAUGCACAUUUGUCUGAGAAGCUUCACUUGUUCAAGAACUGUGAGCAGGCAAGCCUGCGUGUGGCGGCCAGACGGGGCAAGGCAAUCAUCUGGUACAACCACUUUGUCAACGAGGAGACUGGCUGGAUGGGGGAGGUAGAUGAAUUCACGAUGCAUGGGGGCUGUCCCAUCAAACAAGGGGAGAAGUGGAUAGCAAACAUCUGGGUUAAGACCACCGAUAGCAAGGAGGCGGACAUAGCAAACAUGAGGGCCUUGCAUUCUUAGAAGGGACUUUUGUUAUCAUCUUAAAUCAGGGCCCAUGGCCUCUUAAGUUUUUUAUGCUAAUUGAAGUUAUUUUUUGCUUGAAAGAAAGUAGUAUGUAACCAGCUCAAUAAAAUUUAUUUUGUCUUUACUUUGGCAUAACAAAUCCAUGAAAAAAUGAGUUUAUAUAUACUGUUUUUUUCAUAAAUGUUACUUAGGUUAAAUGUUCAUUAGCAUUGUAGACACAGCUUCUGGUUGCAUUUUUUACUUUUUCAAAAAUAAAUCUAAAUGAUGUGUUCUUUUGUAUGUGAGUAACAGUUGUUUGUUUUUUUCCACUAUGCAAUAAUGAAUUUGUUUCAACCAUAUUGUGUAUUUUGGAAGUAGGCUAGUGCUCAUUUACUCACAUGUGCAAAACAUGCUCUUAGUGAGCUUGUGUGAUUGCCUUUGUUUUUCACAUGUUGUGUAUGAUCAACUCUCUAGAGGCCACAUUUAUUGCCCAAUCUUAAGAAAACUAGGCAAGACCUUUUUUUCCAAUAACUCAACAGGGUUCAAGACUGGGUAACGUGGGCUAAAAACAAUGUCCCAAGGUCAGACUUAAGAAAAAGCUUGAAAGCACUCUCGAGGCUACUAAUAUUUCUAAUCUUCAGGACACCUGGUCAAAACAUUGGUCCCAAUUAUAUCUUGGCCUUGUUUGAAACUGGGUAAUGUGGGGUUAAAACUAUGUAACCAUGUCAAAUAAAGUAAGAAGCAUGUGAAAUUUUUAGAAGCAACAUUUAUUGCUUAAGUUUACCAAAUCUUGGUGAGGAUAUAUGUCUCUAUUAUAUCUCAUAUAAGUUGGAAUCCGUUUCGUGUGGGGUCAAAUUAUAGAAAACAGCAUGUGAACAGUCUUUGCAUAGUCUUUAUGAACUCCAAUAGUUUCUUAGAGUGAGAAAUAAUUCCUGUUAGCCACGAGUUGUGGCCAUAUCCUUUAUGUGGCCACAGUUAAACAAUGUGUACAUCUCAAAGUCAUGUUUUUUACCCACGCAUAGUAAAACUUGCUCAGAACAUUAAACAAUUGUAGCAUCUGGACUGGCUUCACUAACAAUUGUAGCAUCUGGACUGGCUUCACUAACAAUUGUAGCAUCUGGACUGGCUUCACUAACAAUUGUAGCAUCUGGACUGGCUUCCCUAACAAUUGUAGCAUCUGGACUGGCUUCCAAAACAAUUAUGGAAGCAUGGCUUCCAGGUGUCAGGGAAGUUUUCCUUACAAGUUAAUUGUGAAAUCUUGUUAACACUCCCUGCCCAGAGCAGUAAAGUUCCUUUGUUUGCCAGGUGAGCAACUGUUAACUUUGGCCUUCUUGGUUUUACCUUGUAUUGAAAUCCCAUUGACUCAUUAAUAAAGCUUUAUGAAUUAAAAAAUAAUUCAACAAAAGCAAUUAUUUCGUAGCACUUGUUGGUUAUAUUUUUGAUAACUUUUAAUGGCAAUAAUGAUAUCUGCACAGUCACAUUUGUCCUCUUUUUUGCCAAUGAUCUGAUUUAGAAUUCUUCAUCAUAUAUUUGCAAAAGGCCAUUUGAAGUGUUGUUGCAAUUGUCUAUGAAAUCCGAGCAUUUCAAAUAUCGUCUCUAUGUCUUGCUUAGGAUGUUUGGUUCUAGAUUGUGAGGUGUGCAAUUGUUGUUAUCUUGAAUUUUAUACUACAGGGUUCGACAUUAACUUUUUUUACAGCAAGACCGUCGGACCAGCUCCUCUUAAAAUGUACUAGCCCGAACCUGAUGUCUACUAGACCACAAAUGACAUAGCAAAUGAACACAAUUGUGUCAUGUAACUGUUUAAUCAGGAUUUAUCAGUAAAUAAUCAGUGAACACCAGAUUUUUUUUGAUGCCUAGAGUAAAACAAUAAAAUAAAACUUUUUUUUGCUUUUCUCCGUCAAAUUCAAUCCAUGGGAACUGAAUCGAUUUUCCAUCUAGGAUAAAAUUGACGUUUUCGUGUUUCUUCAUAUUUACGUUUCGUGUCAGUUUAAGCUUUGGAUUCUUUUUUAUUAACUGAUUUGUCGGACGAAAAUCCAAACUUGAACAAAGCCAUUCUUUAAAUUACAUUCUCUUGUCUGCUACGAACAAAUGUUUACAUUGACAAUACCGAUUUUCGAUAGAAGUCGUAAAAUCAUGCUCUACAAUUUUACGACACUUCAGAAAAUCAUAUAUAUUCAUGACUACUUUACCAAUGGAAACAAGCAAUUUCUGCAGGAAGCUCUCCUUUGCGUCUAUAAAUAGCGAUGAAUCAUGUGGAUGCUCCGCGUUUAUUUAAAUACACUAGUUUUGUUUUAAUGUAAAUAACGGAUACGAGAGCAAUUUUACACGUUAAAUAUAAAGGUUUUCACGCAAGUUAGUUAUAGUUAUAUGAAUCAGUAUAGAUUUUUUAUGUACGACCAGUGGGACAAGCUAGCCCGCAGUUUUACUAGCCCGACCACCGAUCUUACUACUGGUCAUGUACGUAAUUCCGGCCUGUACGUAAAAAAUCGGCCACCUAUGUAAAAUCAUUUUCAUGAUCUUGACGCACAUAUUUUGUUUUUAUUUAGAAAAAUCAACAUGAAAACCAUCCCUACUCUCAAUGUUUUGCAAAUGUAAGAACCACAUCACUGUAAACGUUUGUGUUAAAAUGUCACAAAUAUAGCGGGAAAUAUUUGGCUCGUGGGGAAAGUGAUGUCAUCAUUUGUUUCAACAAUUAUAUUCAUAUAAGAAACAAAUAUAUUUGAUAAAAUUAUUUUUAUUUUAUCUAAUAAACUUAAAUUAAAGUUUUACCAAUUAAUUGGACAAAAAAUUAUAUUCAAAACAUAAAAAUCAGAACCUAAAUAUAUUUUUUAAUAUAUGAAUUACCUCCCUUUAUAAGAAUAUUACUAGAUUACAUGUUUUAAUAUUAUAUAUAAGCGUUUACUAAUCAUCAAAACUGAAGUCAACUUUUCAAACAAAAUGUGUUUACUUUUUUAGCUAUGUUUGAAAAAAUUUAUUAAACACAUUCAAAAGAAAUAUUUUUUUUAAUGAAUUAGCAGUUUCCCAUUGUUUAUAUUUAUUAAAAUAGGUAGGGGUAGUAACUGGUAUAAUAAUUUCGCAUUUAUUUAAAAUUCAAGUCAAAAAUUUUAAUAGUAUAAACAUUGAUUAAUACUCUGAAUUUGAGGACAUUUGUCAAAAGAUAAUGCUUUGUAAUUUUAUCUGCAGAUCAAACUGAAAAGUGGCCGAUUUUUUAGGUACAUUUAACCUACGAAAAUGGAUAGUUUACAUGUCAUCAUUUUCUGUUCAUUAAGUAACAUUCACUGAUCUAAUUCUAUUUAAAUUUUCAUGCUAGGUUAGUUUUGAACCCAGGAUUAUAUAUGUGAAGUUUAGUUUCAACCAGUUGCCUAACACUAAAGAUUUUUCUUAAAUAGUCCCAAAAGUGGUCGGAAUUACGUACAUGACCAGUAGACAAUGUCUGUCGGACGUGCCUUAGUGUCGAACCCUGUACUAUAGUUCAGUUGGCAAUAAUUGUUAUAAUUUAUUAAGAAUGUAUAUUGUUUUAAAUAAACACUCCUAAUUAUG